AAGCACAGUUCGUAAUUCAACCAUCGCAAACACAAAACUUCACAAAUAAAAAAAAAACAUGUCUAUCCUCAAAUUGGUAGUCUUCUUCGCCCUAAUCCUCACCGUCAGCGUACAAUCCAAGCCUUUAUCGUUACAAGAUGAAGUCCAAACGGCGCUGGAGAAGCUGCAGAAGGUCGUCGAGAUUACGAUCGAUCGAGACUCGAAGAGAUUGUCUCGCAUCCACCAGCAAUUCGACGUUGUGAUGGGAGGUAACGUGAAGGGCGCCUUCAAACUCAUGCAAGAUACCGUCCGAGAGGUCAAUUCUCGUUUGAAUCACAUGGAAAUCACGGAAUGCAUUCAAAAUGUUAUUAAGUUCAUCAGUCGAAUCCCGAUUGUUCCAACCAGAGAUAUGUUCGUGUGCGUUGCUGAUGAAGAGAAACUAGUCAAUAAAUUGUACCAGGAGGGAUUGGUUGAAGUGAGGAGAGCUCAGGAUCAAGUGCAGAUUAUCGAAGAUCAAGUUAAACAAUGCGAUAAUUCCGAAUGCCUUAGCAAACUUUUGGAGGAAAUUCAGAAACAAACCAAUGAAUUACCUACAGACACAAAUGUUAAAACAAAUCCAUACGUUAAGAAGAUUGAAAAUACCCAAUCUAAUAUGAUUGUUUGCACUUCAAACACUGUCCGAUUGGUCGAAAUUCAAGUCUCGUCUGCUGAGCAUUCUGCUAACAAAUGCCAACAAUAA